ACAAGAACCCAGCGAGUCCCACUCCGCGACAUACACCGACGGCCUCGAUUAUCCGCCGACAGCACCUUCGAGACGACGCGCCCAUCACGCGACAGCCGCGCCAUUUCGUAACACACACCACUCUCCUUCACAAUGGGCGAUCGACGCGGCGGCGGCCAGCGCAAGGUCCUCCUCCCUCCAAUCAACUUCAUCUUCAAGUUGCUGCAACAACACAGCACGGUGCAGAUCUGGUUAUACGAGCAGCUUGGAAUCCGUAUCGAGGGCAAGAUUCGCGGAUUUGACGAAUUCAUGAAUUUGGUGAUCGACGAGGCGGUGGAGGUAAAGCAGCCAGGCAAAGGACAAACCGAGGCAGAUGUGAAGGAUCAGAGGCGGGAGUUGGGCCAGAUUCUGCUCAAAGGAGACAAUGUCUGUCUGAUUCAAAGUUUGACAUGAGGACCACACUUGUGACGGAUGGUCGAAAAUGGCACAGAGAGUGCUCGCUGGCGUGGGAACGAGGCUAAGGCUGAUACGGCUGCACGGAGUUCAGGCGCAUGGCGUGCAGAAGCAGAAGUAUUUCGCUCUGUGGAACAGGACUACCUGCAGGGACGAGCGGACAAGGUGAAGGUGGACGAGAAGCCACCAUCAUCUGAGUUGACGAUCUGCGACCUAGCUCAGCUCGAGCACUUGGCUCAUUGAGAACUAUCACAAGUCAACAAUGCACCGCCG